AUGAUGUUGACACGUACGGGUUUGGUAGUGCUGGCGGUCGCUGGCAGCUUGCCUCAAGUCGCCGUGGCCGCUCCUAACAGCACCAACCGCAGUAGUAUCUUGUCGCUGGUGGAUCCCCUCAUUGGGACUACGAAUGGCGGUCAUGUCUUCCCCGGAGCAACUCUACCGUUCGGAAUGGCCAAGGCCGUCGCAGAUGUCAAUGUGGAAAACCAAGGCGGUUUCUCGACGGGCGACGUCACGGGCAACAUUACUGGAUUCUCCCAUAUGCAUGACAGUGGGACGGGGGGUUCACCCUCGCUGGGAAACUUCCCACUCUUCCCACAAACAGCAUGUCCUGGGGACUUGAUCGACAACUGCGUCUUCCCUAUCCAAGACCGAGCUGUUCCAAGGAUCAAUGGCACUGCAGAGGCUCACCCUGGUUACUUUGCUGUGACCAUGGAAAACAAAAUCCACACCGAAAUGACGGUCAAUAACCACACAGCGCUAUACCGCUUUACGUUUCCGGAGGCGAGCUCGACGAGCAACAGCACCAUCAGUCCUUUGAUUCUCGCAGACUUGAUCGAUCUCCCGCAGUCUAGAAUUAAUGGCUCUGUAUCCGUGGACGCUCAGACUGGCCGCAUCUCAGGAUCGGGUGUUUUCAGUCCAAGUUUUGGAAUCGGAAACUACGCCCUUCACUUUUGCGCUGAUUUCUCGGGAGCGGAUGUGAGAGAUACUGGUGUGUUCCAGAAUAACAGAGCUGGAACCGAUCCGAAGAAGCUGAGUGUUGUCAACGAUGGCGUCAACAACUCUCCAGACAUUCUACCUGCAGGUGCGUGGACGAGGUUCCACGCGCCAAAGCGCAACAACCAGAUUCUGGCCAGAGUUGGCGUCAGCUUCAUCAGUGACCAGCAGGCUUGCCACAAUGCUGAGCGUGAGAUCCCUCACUUUGACUUCGCUGGUGUUCUUGCCGCAGCUGAGAAGGCUUGGGAAGACACGCUUGGUGUGAUUCAAGUCAAACCUGGCGGCGUCAACGAAAGCCUGCAGACGGUCUUCUGGUCUGGAGUGUACCGUGCUGGCAUCUCGCCUCAGGACUACACUGGCGAAAAUCCACUCUGGAAGAGCUCUGAGCCUUACUACGAUUCGUACUACUGUAUAUGGGACAGCUUCCGGAGCAUUCACAGCCUGAUCACGAUCGUGGACCCGUACUCGCAGAUUCAAAUGAUUAGGAGCUUGAUCGAGAUUUACAGACAGGAAGGCUGGCUCCCGGAUUGUCGCAUGUCACUUUGCAAGGGGUUUACGCAAGGUGGCUCGAACGCGGAUGUCGUGCUCGCGGACACUUAUGUCAAGUUCGGGAAGUUGGCUGCUGAGUAUGGAGUCGAUUGGAAGACUGCGUACGAGGCACUAGUACAAGACGCUGAAUACGAGCCAGCGAAUUGGGCCGUUGAAGGUCGUGGUGGUCUGCACAGCUGGAGGAGUCUGCAUUACAUCCCCACCGACGACUAUGACCCGUAUGGCGUGGGACCUUUCACGAGGAGCAUCAGCAGGACUGUGGAAUAUGCGUAUGAUGACUACUGCAUUGCUGAAGUUGCUCGAGGGCUCGGCAACCAUGGAGACUACGAGAAGUACAUCGGGACAUCGGAGUACUGGAAGAACAUGUGGAAAGCCGACCAGAACAGCUCAAUCAACGGCACCGAUACUGGAUUCACUGGCUUUUUGAUGCCGAAGUUCCUGAACGGCACCUGGGGCUUUCAAGACCCCAUCUUCUGCAGCCCCCUGCUCAACUUCACAUCCUGCUACCUCAACCCGGACGGCCACGAGACGUAUGAGGGAAGUUCCUGGCUCUACUCGUUCUUUGUGCCCCACGAUCAAGCAGCUCUUAUUACGACCAUGGGAGGACCUUCGACCUUUGUCAAGCGUUUAGACUACCUCCACGAGAGUGGACUCCUGUACAUUGGAGACGAGCAAGGAUUCCUUCCAGUCUUCCAGUAUCACUACGCGGGACGCCCAGGCAAGAGUGCUGAGCGAGCUCACUUCUACAUUCCUUCGCAAUUCAACGAUACCAUUUCCGGAAUUCCUGGUAAUGAUGACAGUGGUGCCAUGGGGUCUUUCGUGGCACUGACGAUGAUGGGAAUAUUCCCAAAUCCCGGACAAGACAUCUACUUCAUCACCCCUCCAUUCUUUGAGGAAGUCAGCAUCAGGAACAAGCUCACCGGCAAGACCGCCACGAUCCGCAAUAUCAACUUCGACGCUAGCUAUCAGAACAUCUACAUCCAGAGCGCUCGUUUGAAUGGACGGCCAUACACGAAGAAUUACAUCCAGCAUAGCUUCUUCUUGGAAGGCGGCAUUUUGGAGCUCACACUCGGACGGAACGAGAGCAGUUGGGGAACCAGACCAGAGGACCUCCCGCCGAGUCUUUCGACGGGACAUAACAUUACGGGAUACAUGUUCUGA